UGAGAUACGGUGCUGCUGUCUCUAGGUUGGAUCAGCAGAGCCAGACCACAACACUGGUUCACCAGAUCUUGGGUGGCUUCCUGCGGUCCCGUGGUGAGUGCUGGCUGCCGGGGCCUGUAGCUCUCGGGACUGCUGCUUCCCUGAGAGCCUUGCAGGGAAAAUCUUUUGGGAAAAUCACUAAGUAGGUGUAAAUUAUCUGGAGCUGCAGCUGGUCCAUCCCGCAAUCCCUGUGGGCCGUGAUGCCUGUUGUGGAGAUGGUAAAAGCUGUUGGCUGUGGGUCCCCAGCUCAUUGCCACCAGCAAAGGAACCCCUGUUGCCAGCUCUCUGGCAACUCUUGCUGUCCCUACACAAAGUGGAAUUGCCAGCCUUCCUCCUUGCCAGGUGGUGAAUCCUGGUGCUCAAAGGCAGAGAGGGGGAAUCCUGCACUGCCUGCGCUGUGCUGAGUUGGUGGUGGGUGCUGGCCUUGUGUCAGGGUGUGCUCAUCGCUUUUCCUUUUGCAGUGAAGUGUAAAGUGUGCAAUUCGCGCUUGGACACGUAUGAACCCUUCCUGGACCUGGCGGUGGAGAUCGAGGUACUGUGUCAGGGUGGCGAUGGGGAGGAGCUCAGCUCUCGGAGGUGCUGUUCCGGCAGCUGCACCGUUACUGCCUCAAGGUUCCUUAACCUGCUGCUGUCGAGUCCCAGUGCAGGCGGCAGAGAAGCAGAUUCUGUCAUUGCGCUGCCUCCUACUGGGUGUUAUCUCUUGGAGCCAGUGUGUCGGCAGGGAGCCAGGCUGUCGUGUGGAUAGGCCACUCAUGCCCUGACCUCUCCUCUAUCCUUGCAGGAAGCUGAAGGCAUCGAGCAGGCACUGAGCUUGUUUGUGAGGCCAGAGAUGCUGUGUGAGGAGAACGCCUACAUGUGUGACAAGUGCCAGACCAAAGUGCGAGUGAUCAAACGCUUCAGUAUCCACCGAGCCUCCCAUGUUCUCACACUCUCACUGAAGUGUUUUUCCUACUUCAGUGGGGGCAAAAUCACCAAGGCAUGGGACUCAGAGGACAGCUGAGCUUUUGCUCCAGCAAGAAAGCAGUCUGCUGUGUGGGCUCCUGAGACAUCAUCUCUCUGCGGGACAUGGCAUACCCCGAGUUCUUGGACAUCCGACCUUACAUGUCAGAGAGGAAAGGGGACCCUAUUAAAUAUGAGCUCUACACCGUGCUGGUGCACUCUGGGUACUGCUACGUGAAGGCCAGCGAUGCACAGUGGUACGAAAUGAAUGAUGCUGUUGUCUGCCUUACCAACAUAAAGGUGGUCCUGAAACAGCAGGCCUAGGUGCUUUUCUACCUGAGAACACCCAGCACCGGCAAGAGCUUGGAGGGACCCACUGCCCAGGCUGUGUCCAUCCCGGCCAGCCAGCCAGUGAUGGGCCAGAAACCAGAGACGCAGCCAGCAAGGAAGCUGUCUGGGCGGGAGGAGGUUGGGGUCUCUGUGCCCCGUAGAACAUUCAGCACAGGGCCAAAGCUUCCCACCUCCUCCAGGCUGCUGCAGGAGCCCUGAAAGCACCUCUCUGCUGUGCCUAGAGUCAAGCCAAAAAGGGCAGCAUGCCACAGGCAGCAAGCAGAAGUGACCACGACACACAACCUCACUCACAGCUUCGCGAGCAGAUCCACCCCAUGGACAGCACGUGCCCUGACUCCACUUCCCAGCCUUCUGGCAAGUUGAGCCCAUCUUUAUCUGUGCUGAAACUGCCAAAUCCGGAAAAGCCUCCCUUGAAAAUCAUCAUCAAAUUAUCAACCCUUGAGGACCUCAGCUCCCCCUUGAAAAAGCACCACCAUGGGGCAGAUGGCAGCCCUCAUUCUCCAUCUGUGAAUGGCAAAGAUGACAACUCCAGCCCGCCCAGAAAGAAGAGUUGCACACACGGGGACUCGGUGUCAAUCACGGGGGAGGAGGCAGGCAAGAGUCCCAGUGGUAGCCAGAAGGAGCCAGGCUGCCAGGAGCUGGGUGCUCGGAGGAGGAGGAGGAGAUGGAGAAGAAGAGUAGAAGAACAGAGUCAAAAGAGUGCUUUACUGGGGCUCUGUCCUUGGGCACCGGAGAGGCUAGAGUCUGUUUGUGCAGCAGCAAUAUGCGCCUGGCAACACCAGGCAGGCGAUGGAGCCAGGCUCUCCACAGCUGUCCAGAGCCCCGAGACAGACCACGAGGCCAGCACACCACCUGGGAGCUGCAAAGCAUCCCAUGUAAUGAAGGAGCUACUUUAAAGACUCCAUGAACAAAAUAUACAGCUGUGUCAUCCCUGAACUGGAGUGGCCUCACCAGCCUUCUCGGGGCAGUGUGUGCCCUGGGGCAAGUGGGAGAGCCGAUGCCACAGCUGGAGAGUUGCCUCCUCCCUGAACAGCAGCGCGGAUCCAGCCCUCUGGCUGUGGGGAGACAGAAACCCCUGUGCUCUGACCCCAGGACACCUCCUGCCUUUGCACAGUGCCCAGUGACUUGACCCCAGAGGAGUGCCAGGAGCUGGAGAACAUCCGCCGCCGCAAGCAGGAGCUGCUGGCUGACAUACAGCGGCUGAAAGAUGAAAUAGCAGAAGUGACAAAUGAGAUCGAGAACCUGGGGUCCACAGAGGAGAGGAAAAGCAUGCAGAGGAACAAGCAGGUGGCGAUGGGCAGGAAGAAGUUCAACAUGGAUCCCAAGAAGGGCAUCCAGUUCCUGAUCGAAAACGACCUGCUGAAGAACACAUGUGAGGAUAUCGCUCAGUUCCUUUACAAGGGAGAAGGCCUCAACAAGACGGCCAUUGGCGACUACCUGGGCGAAAGGGACGAAUUCAACAUCCAAGUCUUGCAUGCCUUUGUGGAGCUGCACGAGUUCACUGACCUCAACCUCGUACAGGCCCUGCGACAGUUCCUGUGGAGCUUCCGGCUGCCCGGGGAGGCGCAGAAGAUUGACCGGAUGAUGGAGGCAUUUGCCCAGCGGUACUGCCAGUGCAACCCUGGCGUCUUCCAGUCCACAGACACCUGCUACGUGCUCUCCUUCGCUAUCAUCAUGCUGAACACUAGCCUGCACAACCCCAACGUCAAGGACAAACCCACAGCGGAGCGCUUCAUUGCCAUGAACCGUGGCAUCAAUGAUGGGGGAGACCUACCUGAGGAGCUGCUCCGGAAUCUGUAUGAGAGCAUCAAGAAUGAACCCUUCAAAAUCCCUGAGGAUGAUGGCAACGACCUCACCCACACGUUCUUCAACCCUGACCGAGAGGGCUGGCUCCUGAAGCUCGGAGGAGGCAGGGUGAAGACGUGGAAGCGACGCUGGUUCAUCCUGACCGACAACUGCCUUUACUACUUCGAGUACACAACGGAUAAAGAGCCCCGGGGCAUCAUCCCCCUGGAGAACCUGAGCAUCCGGGAGGUCGAGGACUCAAAGAAGCCUAACUGCUUUGAGCUCUACAUCCCAGACAACAAGGACCAGGUGAUUAAGGCCUGCAAGACAGAGGCGGACGGGCGGGUGGUGGAGGGGAACCACACUGUGUACCGCAUCUCCGCACCCACGCCCGAGGAGAAGGAGGAGUGGAUCAAGUGCAUCAAGGCAGCGAUCAGCCGGGACCCUUUCUACGAGAUGCUGGCCGCCAGGAAGAAGAAGGUAUCCUCCACCAAGCGACACUAGCAGCCGCCUGGCCCUGCAAGGGCAGCGUGCCCCCAGCAGCCCAAGCAUCUCCCCUCCUCCAAGAGCUGUGGGGCGGGGGCCGCACUGCAGCCUGGUCCUCAAGGCUCAGGACCCAGCUUCAGCUUCGCAGUUUCUUUACCACAGCGAGAGGAAGGGGGCACAGGCAUCUCGGUGGCUGCAGCCCCUCCAUCACCAUCUUGUCUCCAGGACAGCAUCUUUGCAGGCUGGAGCUGGGACGGCAACACCCCUGUGUGGAGAGACCCCGUCUCAUCCUGGGCUCGGCUGCAGGAUGGGUAGCAUUGUGUGGGCUCCAUCCUCCCCUCUCGCCUCUGCCAGCCUGUGGGCACUGUGGGCACCCUCCAUGCUCCCCAUCCCCCUAGCAAGUGCAGAGCCACAGAUGCUGCAGGGUCAUCCUAGCGUCCAUGUCUGCAACACUUGGUGUCCUGCUGGGAAGUUGGACGGCGCAUGGUUUUGGGGUACUGCAAGCACUGGGGUGAAGGGCAGCAGCCCCAGGAUUGCUGGGGUGUGGCCCCACAGAGGCACGAUCCUGGGCCCUCGUUGUAGCGGGCCUGGGUCUGCCUUGGGCCCUCCCAACUGUCCCCUGCACCAGGGAGGGUCCCCGCAGGUGCAGGGAGAGCUGAGGGGCAGCAGGUUGUCACUGUCACAGUGUGCAGUGGUGCCCCAUGGGGCACAGACAUGUCCUUGCCCAGCCGUGGGGCUCUGGAGCCCGGAGGGGAGCCCUGGUCUGGCAGCACCCCCUGGCAUUGCCGCCAGCACAUCCUUGCAGCGUGAGCGCCUCGGUGAGGGGCAGGAGAGGCCAUUCCCAGGUGGCCAUGGUCUCCUCGAGCAUGAGCCCUCACUCUAGAGAAGGUGCUGGGACGCGCCCAGAGCCUGUGCCAGGGAUGGCUGCUGGCAGGGGCACUGGUGGGAUGGGGGCUGCAGCCCCUACCUCUGCCUUGCAAACACUCGUGUCUUGUCCUGUUCCGCCAGCCACGGCGCACGGGCUGAAGAGAGGCGCCUGGAUCAGUAUUAGUCUAUUUAUCAGAGGUGUAAAUACUCUUGUAUAGUUUGCUCCUUUUAGAUUAUUUUGUAUGUCGGGUUGUUCUGUGCAGAGGCCUCUCCAGAGGGUAGGGGAAGGAUUUUUUUUUUUUU